AUGGCUUCUUCUUCUUCUUCGUCUACUACUGUUGAAGUGAAGAAGCAUGAUGUAUUCCUCAGUUUCUGUGGUGUUGACACCCGCAACACUUUUACCAGCACUUUAUGUGGAAUUUUGAAGAGUAGAAGUAUAAAUGUUUUCAUUGAUGACGAACUUGAGAGAGGAGAACAUAUAUCUUCAUCUCUUAUGAAUGAAAUUUCAGAUUCCAUGAUUUCGGUUAUCAUUUUCUCGGAAGGUUAUGCAUCUUCAAGAUGGUGUCUGGAAGAACUUGUGAAGAUUUUGGAGUGCAGGGAUACGCAAAAACAGGGGGUAAUACCAGUUUUCUAUCAUAUCUAUCCAUCAGAUGUAAGGAAUCUAACUGGAAAUUUCGGAGAGGGAUUUAAAAAGCUUGUAGAAAGUUAUGAUGAGGAGAAGUUAAAGAGGGUACAAAUGACAGAAGAACAAUUUAAAGAUAUGGUGCUGCAGUGGAAGAAUGCUUUGACUGAAGCAGCUAAUAUAUCCGGCCCAUCAACAGAAGAGAUCCCGUAA